AUGAUCGAGAUGAGGCCGCGUAUCUACGAGCAGUCGCUAAACUUGGACUGGAGACCGCCAAACAGCUACGUGCGGACUGGGAUUCGUGGGACACUGGGUAUGGUGUACGGCACAAAAGCCUUCUUCCAGCUAACAACCGGCCUCAGCGCUUUCGUCGACCUCACGUCUUCGCCUUGCUCUUCUCCUCGCUCUGCCGCGCGUGGAGGCCCAAUCACCGUGUCGACCGUCGAGUUGGCGGAUCCUUCGCUAGACCUUGCUGGUGUGCGGGCCUCGUUGAGCGCGUUGCAGCAGGCCAUCGACCAGACCGAGGCACUGCGCGAGCUUCGCUCGGAUCACGAGGUUCUGCGCCGCAAGUUUCUGGCUACACGACGUCGCGCGGAGGACCUGGAUCGUCAGCUUGUUGACGCGGCUGAGGCUGCGUCGCCCUUCGUGCUCUUUUGCCAGCGCAAGUACGAAGUGGUCCAUCACCAGCUGAAAUCCACUCGGACGGAGCUCGCCGAGUGCCUGAGUGCGCUGCAGGAGCGUCUCGAUAUCUCCCGCGAGCUCGAAGCUUGCCGUCUUCGGUAUCAUGAUUUGCAGCUCCGCUACAACGAAGCGUUUGAUCGCCCGCCCGAUACAGCUCGCCGCCUAGCAGAUCUGGAGUCCCAGCUCGCGCGGUCCCAAUCUGACUUGCAAGUCGCGCGUGAUCGCCAGUCUUCUCCCGUUUCGGAGCUUCAUGAAUCAGCUACGUCUCACAAGGCUGCUCAAGCGAAACUAGAUCGCCUCGAGGCCACGAUCGAGCGUAAGACUCGUCGCUUCCGCACCUUGCGUGACAACUAUGAGCGUCGCUUGAAGGUUGCCGACAACACGAUCGCCACACAUUCCGCCGAGCUUGAUCGUUUGCAGGAUCGGGUAUCGACACCGGAUCGGGAUCUCCUGCAGGCUUCUCAGCGCGUCCGUGCGGCGAUCUCUCAGCGUGAUCAAGCCGGGGCAGAGCGUAUCGCCACCCAAGAUCGUGACUCAGCGGCUCGCGAUACUAUCACCCGGCUGGAAAAACGGAUUAACCAAGUCGAGAAGUCUUAG